AAUUAUCCCGCGACCUCCCUAGUUCAUCAGCCCCUUUGGGCUUUGGAUACGCAGUCUCCUGAUUCGCCUCUCUCAACUGGCACCUCGCCUCAGCUUUAAUCCACGCACCUCCAGCGCUCCUUCAACAGUCAAAAUAAAACAAUAGGAGACAGUAAAAGCCUGCCAAUUAAAGGAUGAUUUUGGCUAUUUCUUGGAUUCCCAAAGGUGCAUCAAAGGCUGUUCCAGAGGCAGCUGAUCCUCCUUCAAAAGAAGAUGAGGAGAUGCUGAAGAAUGCGGUAUUGAGGAGAUGUCAAUGGAGAGAUGUCGAUGAAGACGAUGGGGAUAUGGGAAGUGAUGCAUCUGAAGAGGAGGAUGAAGUUGCCCAUGCGUUAGCAGCUGCUGAUGCACUUGGCAUGACAUUGAAGGACGCAAAAGCUGAAUUUGACGACAUAGCAGAUGCACUAAAAGAACUGGACAUGUAUAAUUAUGAUGACGAAGAUGAUGGUUUUUGAUUCCCCGAUAAUCUUGAUAAUAUUUUCUAAAUGGCAAUAUCGUGUUUGGAGACCUUAAUCAGACUUUGCACUGCAAAUAUUCUUUUUUUAUUUUCUCUCUUUAUUCUUUCUCCUGUGAAUCUAGGUAUUGAACUCUUUGGAUCGGGUAUCGAGAACUUGUAUUAUCCAAGUAACGACAUGGACCCAUAUUUGAAAGAUGAUGAUGAGGAUUCAGAAGAGCAGGAGGCUUUGAUCAUAAAGCCUGAUGAUACUGUCAUAGUAUGUGCCCAAAAUAAGAAAGGUGUUAAUUCGUUGGAGGUCUGGAUACUGGAGGUCGUGGAUGGCAAGUUUAACAUGUAUCCUCACCAUUACAUCAUUAUCCCAUCUCUUCCUUUGUGCACUGCAUGGCUUGAUUGCCCAAUCAAGGGAGGAGAUAGAGGUAACUUCAUUGCUGUUGGCUCUAUGCAGGAACCAACCAUUGAGAUAUGGGAUCUUGAUAUUGAUGGAAGGCACCCUGAUGCAGUACUAGGGCUGGCCUGGAAUAAGGAAUACAGGAAUGUGCUUGCCAGUGCAAGUGCUAACGGAUUAGUCAAGAUCUGGGACGUUUCAACUGGUACAUGCAGUAUCACCAUGGAUCAUCAUGCAGCUGAGGUUCAGGCUGUUGCCUGGAAUCCUGCUGAGCCCCAAGUUCUUAUAAGUGGAUCGUUUGAUCAUUCAGUGGUCCUAAUGGAUGGAAGGAACCCGUCUCAUAGUGGAUUAUACUGGUCAGUUCCUGCUGAUGUGGAAAGCUUGGCUUGGGAUCCGCACAAUGAGCACUCAUUUGCGGCCAGUCUCAAGAAUGGUACAGUAGUUUGCUUUGAUGUUCGAACAGCUAGCUCUGAUGCAUCUGCUGACCAAAAACCAAGUUUCACUCUGCAUGCACACGACAAACCAGUUAGCUCCAUCUCGUACAAUCCAGCAGUGCCCAAUCUUCUUGCAACUGGUUCAACGGAUGAAACGGUGAAAGUCUGGGAUCUUUCCAACAAUCAACCUUCCUAUGUUGCUUCGAGGGACCAAAGUGCAGGACAUGGAGCCAUCCUUUGUGUUUCCUUUUCUGCUGACCAUCCAUCUUUGCUAGCCAUAGGAGGUUCCAAGGGAAAAUUACAAUUAUGGGAUAUGUCAUCAGACGCCGCCAUUGCCAAGAAGUUUGAUAAACAUUUGAAACAGAGAGGACCUCUUGAACCCUGACAGUAAUGGGAUCCAAAAUGUGUAUGUAGAAUCUACAUCAUUUGCCCUGUCUCCAGCCGCACCAGUUCAGUAAGUCCGAAGUGUUGGGACUGCGCGUGCCCUCACCCCAACCCCACAUUAGUAUGAUAUUGUCCGCUCUGGGCUAAGCCCUCACGGAUUUGUUUUUGGGCACCUCCCAAAAGGCCUCAUACUAAUGGGAUUGGGUGAACCUAUAUAUUUUGGUCCAAUUUUUCUUCUCCCUCCGGUGUGGGACUUGGAGGAAUCCCAACAAACCUCCCCUCAUCCAAGGACCACACAACUUCUGACCUCCCCUCCAGCAGUAAUCUAUUUUUCCUUUUUAUCUGCCCUCACAUCUUGCAUCGCCACACACUCUUUGCGGAACACGCCGCCCGACCCCCUGUCGGGAAGACUUUCGACGCAAGGCUCGAACCGCAGAUCUUUCUUUCGCUGGGCUACACCAUUUGAUCCGCCAAAUCAUCUUGUACCGCCGUGGCUAUAACUUCACGGGACACGCUGCCCGACCUCCUCUUGUCGGGAAGACUUUCGACACAAGGCACCACCUGCGGAUCCUCUUUCUUGGUCUUGGUCCUAUUGUUACACCGUCACACCGAGAUUUUUCCACACUGCACAGUCCGUUGCUCCCGCCCGCAAGAACCUGGGCUCUGAUACCACAUAUUGGGACUGCGCGUGCCCUCACCCCAACCCCACAUUAGUAUGAUAUUGUUCGUUCUGGGCUAAGCCCUCACG